GGUUAUCCUUAGGAGUUAGGAUGAAGUCUAAGAAUUAUAGGGGCAUACAGAAGGCAGGAAGAGUAGAUCAUCUCCAAGGUGGAGGACCAAACUGGGUUCUUGUUGCCGGAGGAGUUUUGCUAAGCACUCUUUCCAUCAAACUUGGAUGCAAAUUAAAGCAAAUGUUCGAUACAAAGCAGCACAAUAGCUCUCCCAAAGUCGAAAGAAGACCUGGAGGAUGCGAAUCGCACUCAAACCUCUGCCGGUUUCGUGGCCAAACUAGCUGCUACUCUUGUAUUUCAGGUCAUUCAGAUGGUAGAGUGGAAGUCAAGCAUCCACCUGCAAGUCCUUUAUCUAAAUCAGUUGAACCCUCGCUUCCACUUGUGAAGAUACCAGGGCAAGAAUCAAGCAAAGACAACAGUGGCGUCAUGUGGAUAUCAUCACCUGAUCGCCUUGAGGAUCCCCGCAAACCAUUUCAGUACUCAAACAGCUCUGGCUCUCCACGUGUUUCAGAGUCCGGAUCUGACAUUUAUAGCAAAAGAGAAGUCAUACAGAAGCUGAGGCAGCACCUCAAGAGACGCGAUGAGAUGAUCAUGGAGAUGCAGGCCCAGAUUGCUGACCUCAAGAACUCUCUUGCCAUCCAGGAGACACAGUCCUCCAACAUGCAGUCCCAGCUUGACUCUGCUAACCGAGACAUGUUUGAAUCCGAGCGUGAGAUCCAGCACCUGAGAAAGAUCAUCGCGGACCAUUGUGUUGCGGAAGCGCUGUCUCACGAUAAGCCAUUGCACGGUGGACACUGGCAGUCAGAUGCUGCCAAUGGGCAUGCUAAUGGCUAUGCCACCAAUGGGCACGCUAACGGCUAUGCCGACAGCAGCGUCGAUGACCCUGAGCUGCAUUUUGUUAGCGUCGAGAAGAAGAAAGGAGAGCUGGAGAGGGUGGAGAUGCUCAAGAGGGAAGUUGGUGAGCUGAAGGAGGUUAUCGGAGGGAAGGACUUUCUGCUUCACAGCUACAAGGAGCAGAAGGUGGAGCUCUCCUCUCAGAUCAGGGAAUUGCAGCAAAAGCUCUCCUCACAGGUGCCGAACAUCUUGUAGGAUCUACUUGUAAUGUUUGGUGGCUAAAGGA